AGCCCGGGUCCAUAUGCAGCCUGCGUGUGCUCUCACACUGUCUAGGGCAUGAGGGUGUUAAUGGAUUACCAAAAGGUGUUGACUCAGGUGAGCUGCGGUGUGUAUGAAUGAGUGUGGUGCCGAGUGCACGGAUCUAUUUCAGACACUCUCCUCGGGAGUCCAGCUCUCGCUCAUGCGUCCUCUGCUACUUUCUGUGACCUGUCUCCCGUUACUUCACCUCUGCCAUGUCUCCCCUUCGCAUUGCUUAACCUCAGCGCGCGCUCAGCAUGGAUAUUGGAGGACUCACCACGGUGGUGGCGAACUCUGCCUACAUCAACGCUCGCGGAAGCAUUGACGGUUCUAAUCCGGCGGCAGCUCGGGAUAAGAAAUACCAUUCGCGCCUCAAACUCCCCCACAUCACGGUGUGCGAGGCCCUGAGGGACACCUUGGAUUUGACCUUUGACUCUGUCUGCGUCGAACAGCCGAUCGGCAGGCGCCUCUUCAGGGAGUUUCUGGAUGCAAACAAGGAGUAUGACGGUGCUUGUCGUCUGUGGAAAGACAUUGAGGACUAUGACCUGGCAGAGGACUCUGACAGGGUGAAGAAGGCCUCCAGGAUCGUCCAGCGUUACAUGGAGCCCUCUGCCAAACACUUCUGCCCGUUCCUCUCAGAGGACGUCAUCGCUAGCGUGAGACAAACCAUGGAGGCUGCCGGCGACGCCCUGUUUGCCGCAGCGUUGGCUGCAGCGCUGGGGUUCCUGCGGGGGGGCCCCUACGCCUUCUUCCUGGAGAGCCUGUACCUGAAGAGGUUCUUGCAGUGGAAGUGGCUGGAGAUGCAGCCCAUGAGCGAGGACUGGUUCCUCGACUUCCGGGUGCUGGGGAAGGGAGGGUUCGGGGAGGUGUCGGCCUGUCAGAUGAGAGCCACGGGGAAACUUUAUGCGUGUAAGAAACUCAACAAGAAGAGGCUUAAGAAGAGGAAAGGCUACGAGGGGGCGAUGGUGGAGAAGAGAAUACUUGAGAAGGUGCACAGCCGCUUCAUUGUGUCGCUGGCGUACGCCUUCCAGACAAAGGAGGAACUUUGUCUGGUCAUGACGAUCAUGAACGGCGGAGACCUCAAGUAUCAUAUCUACCUGGUGGACGAGAACAACCCGGGGUUUGACGAAGCCAGAGCCUGUUUCUACAUCGCCCAGAUCAUCCAGGGUUUGGAGCAUCUCCACCAGAGGAACAUCAUCUACAGAGACCUGAAGCCUGAAAACGUGCUGCUAGAUAACGACGGGAAUGUGCGCAUAUCUGAUCUGGGCCUCGCCGUGGAGCUACAGGAAGGCAAAACCAUGACCAAAGGUUACGCUGGGACACCAGGUUACAUGCCUCCAGAGAUGCUGAGGGGGGAGAAGUACGACACCUCGGUGGACUACUUCACUCUGGGCGUGACGCUGUUUGAGUUCAUGGCUGCCAGGAACCCAUUCCGGAACCGGGGGGAGAAGGUGGAGCGCGAGGAGCUGAAGGAGCGCGUGCUCACGCGGCCGGUGGCGUACCCGGACGCCUUCAGCGAGCGCGCGCGCUCCCUCUGCGAGGGGCUGCUGGCCAAGGAGGCUGCGCGCAGGAUGGGCUUCAGGAACGGGUGCUGCGAUGACAUCAGGGCGCACCCGUUUUUCAGGGACAUCAACUGGAGGAAGCUGAAUGCAGGUAUUCUGCCUCCUCCGUUCGUCCCCGACCCUAAAGUGGUGUACGCCAAAAGCCUGGACGACGUCGGGGCCUUCUCCUCCGUGAGGGGCGUCGCCCUGGAGGACGCCGACAGGGCCUUUUGUGACGAGUUUGCUUCAGGCAACAUUCCCAUUCCCUGGCAGGAGGAGAUGAUUGAGAUGGGCGUCUAUGGGGAGCUCAAUGUCUGGGGCCCCGAAGGCAGCAUCCCGAAUGACCUCCGCAGAGAGUCGAUACUGGAGCAGCCGAAGUCGUCCACCUGCUGCACGUCCUAGUCUGAGAUACGCUAGUCUAUAAAAAUGACUGGAAUAGAACAGGAGACGUGGAGGGUCUCGACAAGUCUCUGCUGAGCUGUCUGACGGCAGAACUGAAACAGAUUGAGACUCUAAACUUUUUAAAUGAUUGGAAUCGUUUGAUUUUACAGUUCCUUAGCGCAGGUCUUUAGCUAUGUGUAGCCAUGUGCUCAUCUUGGUGCUAUGUCACACGUUGAACGUGGAUGGUGUGGAUUUAGCUCUAAUGCUCCUGUAGAAUGUAUUUCAAUCAGUGGAACGAACUUUGUCCGUCGCUAAGAAAUAAAUAUACGCUACAAUAAAGACUAAACAAAUCA